AUGUCUGUGGUAAUAGGGUUCUCCGUAACAGUGAAGGUGCUACGCCUGCUUCUGUUUCAGGAGUCGCUGCGAUUGACUGCUUCACUCGCUGCGGGCGACAGUGACAAUGCGCGCUGUCGUGUGUGCGGUGCGGACGGACAUCUGAAGCACUUGUGUGAGCCAGCUCUGUGGGAGGGCGUGGAGGAGCGCUACAAUACGAUGCUGUACAACUGCUUCGGCGUGCGGGUAGAGCCCUCCGACGGCGCGAUAUGUGAACGCUGCGUCAACCAGCUGCGAAACACGCAGCGCUUCCACUCGCUCGUACAGGCGGCCUUCGCGACACCAUCCAUUGAAUUGUGUAUUUUCAUUUUGUUAGUGUGUCAAAUUUCAGAUAUCAAUAACGAACCACAAAUGGAUAUCUCUGAAAGACUCGAUGAAAAAACUAUAACCCUUCAUGGUAGUCGGGUAAAAGGCCAAUCAAGUCUAUGGAGACAAGAGCCCGCGCAUAAAACUCGCGAAAUUCUUAAGGAUAAGGCUCUUGGAAAUAAUAGAACUGAACGGAAAAAGUCCAUUUUCAACACCAAUGUUAAAGUCAGACGGACGAAUCUACCUUGUGGUGUAUGUCAGCAAAAGUAUCCGAUGCUGGUGCCGUUUGACGGAUGCGAGACAUUCGUUUGUUCGAGAUGCAAAAAGAAGGGACAUACGUACGCUAACUGUGCGAGAGUCGGUACUCGUGUUAGAUCCAAUUUGUAUGGCAACCAUUUGCAAUUACAAGCUAAGACUGAUCUGAGAGGGAAAACCAAGUACGUGAAAUUGUUAACAAUUAGAUCACAUUCCAGACUGCUCAGUGUACAAACUUUACCCUCACAAUCAGUUAAAAUGUCUCAUAAUGCGAAUGAUUUGCGUCAGCGUCACCUGUGCUCGAAGGAAUACUCGGUUGCACAGAAUUUGGUGCAGCACGUCAGGAAUCUGCACAGGAACAUGGAUAGCACAAGUUGUACAGUAUGCCAUAAAAAAAUGCACACCAACAUGCUAGACAAGCAUAUGCGUGUACACACAAAUCAGCAGCAUGCCAGGAGAUUGCUGGUGAUGUCCCGGUCGCCAACUCGUCGACAACGUCAUUGAUUUUGGUUUCCGUCUUUUACUACAGUCAUUAUGUCGGAAAAAAAACUUUAGUGUUAAUAUUGUAAAAAUACAUAAAAUAAAACCGACGAAACCAAAUGAAAAUAUAGUUUUAUUGAAAAUAAUAAUACAUUUUCAACAAUAAAACUUAAGAUAACUCUGAUGUUUUUUUUAAUUCUUAUUGAGAUCAUAAGUAACAAACGAAACGUUUUAAUUUUUUUUUAAUCUUUACAAGUUAGUCCUUGACUACAAUCUCAC